GCUGCUCGCUUCUUGUCCAUGGAGCUCCUCGUCGGGAACUAGCUAGUAGUUGAGAGAUCGAGCAGAUCACCAGCUAGCUAGGUGAGAAGUGUGUGCAUGCUGUUGUUGUUGCUGCCCGCGGCUUGGCCGAGGGGAAGCAUGGGGCGGGAUGCGGCGGCAAUGGCCUUGGCGGUGGUGGUGGUCUGCGCGGCGGCGAUGGCGGCGGCGAGUGCGGAGGAGGUGUACGAGUUCGGCAGCGGCGCGUCGUUCAUCUUCGGGGACUCGCUCGUCGACGCCGGGAACAACAACUACAUCCCCUCGCUGUCCAAGGCCAACAUGACUCCCAACGGCAUCGACUUCGCCGCCUCCGGCGGGAUGCCCACCGGCCGCUUCACCAACGGCCGGACCAUCGCCGACAUCAUCGGAGAAAUGUUGGGCCAGACAGACUACUCGCCGCCGUUUCUUGCUCCAAACACGACCGGCGGCGCACUGCUCAACGGCGUGAACUACGCGUCAGGAGGCGCCGGGAUUCUCAACGGAACAGGAAGAAUUUUUGUGAACAGGAUCGGGAUGGAUCUGCAGGUGGACUACUUCAACAUCACGAGGAAGCAGCUGGACGAUCUGCUGGGCAAGGCGAAAGCCAAGGAGUUCUUGAAGAAGAAGGCCAUCUUCUCCGUCACCGUCGGUUCCAACGACUUCCUCAACAACUACCUCAUGCCCGUCCUCUCCGCCGGCACCAGGGUCGCCGAGUCGCCCGACGGCUUCAUCAACGACCUCAUCAUCCACCUCCGGGAGCAGCUCACGAGGCUGUACACGCUGGACGCGAGGAAGUUCGUGGUGGCGAACGUGGGGCCGCUGGGGUGCAUCCCGUACCAGAAGACGAUCAACCGCGUGGGGGAGGGGGAGUGCGUGAAGCUGCCGAACCAGCUGGCGGCGCAGUACAACGGGCGGCUCCGGGAGCUCCUGGCGGAGCUCAACGGCGAGCUCCCGGGGGCCAGGUUCUGCCUGGCCAACGUGUACGACCUGGUGAUGGACGUGAUCGCCAACUACGAGUCCUACGGCUUCGAGACGGCGAGCAUGGCGUGCUGCGGCAACGGCGGGACGUACGACGGCAUGGUGCCGUGCGGGCCGGCGUCGAGCAUGUGCGGCGACCGGAGGAGCCACGUGUUCUGGGACCCCUACCACCCCAGCGAGGCGGCCAACCUGCUGCUGGCCAAGUACAUCGUCGACGGCGACACCAAGUACAUCUCCCCCAUCAACCUCCGGAAGCUCUUCUCCCUCUAGCCUUCUCUUCGUUGUCACGAUGAACAUCCCCAGGUCGUCGUCGAGCUUCAUUGCGUUUGCAAUUUGUAUCAGAUGUCUUUGAUGAACUGUGAAUUCAAUUUUUUGCACGGAAAUGGCGAGGUUUUGGCUUGUAAUUUGCAGUGUUUAAUGUUCGAUCCAGUGGAAAAAUUGCAGAUUUUCCAGACAUGAAUUUUUUCCAUACCUUGUGCGACUUUGUAAAACUUUUUUAAUUUUAAGA